UUUACUUCCGCGUCCAUGUCACAAAUUCCCAUUAAUGUCUCCCAGUUCUCAAGCGCAUCUACUCUUACUUCGCUUGUUGGGUCCAGUACGCCUGUCGCCAGCACAUCCCAACUGUAUGACCAAAGACCGCCACCGGCCCAUCAUCAUUUUUCUCCUCAUUCACCUGUCCCAAUGCCGCAUUUAACAGGAGUGCCCGGGUCCACAGAUCUGAUCGGGAAGCAACAAUCUUUGGGGAUUAAUAAUGCCCUCUUUAUGCAGUAUCUUCAAAUUAGAACUCUGCCAUUGACCAGGAAGGUCAUCAAACAGGGCUGGCUUAUGAAGCGCGGUGAACACAUCAAAACAUGGCGGCGACGAUUCUUUAUUCUUCGGGAGGAUGGUACUUUCUAUGGAUAUAAAACCAUUCCGAGUGUGAGAUUUUGUCUUCUCCAGGAUAACUUGGAGCAGCCGUUAAACAAUUUCACAGUUCGUGAUUGUCAACUCAUCUGUUUAAACAAACCCAAACCCCACACUGUCCUGAUGCGAGGUCUUCAAUGGACCACAGUAGUAGAACGCCUUUUCUUUUUUGAGCAUCACUCAGAGCGGGACGAGUGGAUAAAUGCCAUCCAACUUGUUGCCAAUCGACUUCGCUCGGAGAAUCAAGCCCCCACCUCCGUGUACAAAGUCGAUUUUGCCGAUAAUGUGGUCAUUGACCUACCUGAGAGGCCUCCCAAACGCUACUCCACAGAAGACUUUGAACUCUUGAAGGUUCUGGGCAAGGGUACUUUUGGUAAAGUCGUCCUUUGUAAGGAGAAGGAAUCCGGUUGCUUCUACGCAAUGAAAAUCCUUAAGAAAACAGUCCUCAUUGAGGUAAGCUCUAGCCAGUUGUCUUCUUAG